GCCGCUGCUGGAGCCGGAGCGUAUCCUGGUGUGGGGACUCCUGCGCCGCUGUACAGUUACCUGUCCCGUGUCGCCGCCAAGGGGUCGGCUUGAGGCUGGCGGAGUGGAGAAGGUUGGAGUUUGGUGUUUGUAGUCUCCGAAUGGCCGGUUCUGCGAGGCCCUGCCCUUGGUGCAGACCCUGGCCAACCGUCUGGGUUCCUGGAGGGUGUUGGAGCUUCUUCCGAUUCUUCUUCCUUGUGCGGGUCAUCUUCGAGUUCUCCCUCGCGCUUUGAACUUACAGUGAAUUUUAUAAAAGAAUGGAAUCAAGUGAUGGCUUUUUCUUUAGAGUUUGAAUAUGGAGGCUUCAGGAACAGAUGAAGUUGACAAGCUAAAAACUAAAUUUAUGUCUGCUUGGAACAACAUGAAAUACAGUUGGGUGUUGAAAACCAAGACAUAUUUUAGUAGAAAUUCACCGGUUUUAUUACUUGGAAAAUGUUAUCAUUUUAAAUAUGAAGAUGAAAACAAGAUGUUGCCUGCAAGAUCAGGAUGUACCAUUGAAGAUCAUGUAAUUGCAGGAAAUGUGGAAGAAUUCCGUAAGGAUUUCAUUUCUAGAAUUUGGCUGACCUACCGGGAAGAAUUUCCUCAAAUAGAAGCGUCAGCCUUGACAACCGACUGUGGCUGGGGCUGUACACUGAGGACCGGCCAGAUGCUGUUGGCUCAAGGCCUCAUAUUGCAUUUCCUUGGUAGAGCUUGGACCUGGCCUGAUGCACUGCAUAUAGAGAAUUCAGACUCUGACUCAUGGACUUCCAACACUGUCAAAAAGUUUACUGCAUCGUUUGAAGCAUCACUUUCAGGGGAAAGAGAACUCAGAACUCCAGCAGUUUCUCUGAAGGAAACAACCGGGAAGCAUUCUGAUGACCACGCAGUGCAGAAUGAGAUUUAUCACAGGAAAAUCAUCUCUUGGUUUGGAGAUUCCCCUGUGGCUGUCUUCGGCUUACAUCGACUGAUAGAGUUCGGGAAGAAGUCUGGGAAAAAGGCUGGAGAUUGGUAUGGACCAGCAGUGGUUGCUCACAUUUUAAGAAAAGCAGUAGAAGAAGCAAGGCAUCCUGACUUACAAGGAAUAACUAUUUACGUUGCGCAGGACUGUACAGUUUACAAUUCUGAUGUAAUUGAUAAACAGACUGACUCUGUGACCUCUCGGGACGGCAGGGACAAGGCUGUCAUUAUCUUAGUUCCUGUUAGACUUGGUGGAGAAAGAACCAACACCGACUAUCUGGAGUUUGUGAAGGGUGUCUUAAGCCUUGAAUAUUGUGUAGGUAUUAUUGGCGGCAAACCUAAACAGUCGUAUUACUUUGCUGGAUUUCAAGAUGACAGUUUGAUUUACAUGGAUCCUCAUUACUGCCAGUCCUUUGUGGAUGUCAGCAUAAAGGAUUUCCCUCUUGAGACAUUCCACUGUCCUUCUCCUAAAAAGAUGUCAUUUCGGAAAAUGGAUCCUAGUUGUACGAUAGGAUUUUACUGUCGAAACGUCCAGGACUUUGAACGAGCGUCUGAAGAAAUCACUAAGAUGUUGAGCAUUUCCUCUAAGGAGAAGUACCCAUUAUUCACUUUUGUAAAUGGCCAUUCCAGAGACUUUGAUUUUACAUCUACUGCAGCCAGUGAAGAAGACCUUUUCUCAGAAGAUGAGAAGAAAAAAUUCAAAAGAUUUAGCACAGAAGAGUUUGUCCUACUUUAAAGAUUAAUGCAUUUGUGUUUAUGAGAAGAGCUUGACCACGGGGGAGCCACGAAGAGUGACAAGCACGCUCGAGAUCCUCUGUCAUCAGAUCCCAACUGUGUGUGUCCUUUUAACAGUGCACAUUUGGAAACAUCCAAACUUUAAAGGUAUUUUUCUGAAAGGAAUGACUGGAUGGCUCUUGCUUUCUAGUGAUAAAUAACAAUGAUUCCGGUUGCAUUCCUGUUUCCCAAAGAUGUGCUAAUGAAACACUACCUUAACUGUAAGCCUUUUGGUCCCCAUCAUCUUCUACUUGAGCCCAUUGGUCCCCUGGAGGUUUUGGUACAGGUUCCCUCAAAGAUUGGGAUCACCAAAUUAAUUUUCAAAGCCUUGCUUGGUGUUAAUGACAGGAGAGCAGAGACUGGGUCUUCAGAACUUCCCAGGCUCCUGCUGUUAAGGGAACCAGAGAAUGCUUUGGCUUUGUAUAUCUACAUAACUAAAUGGACACAUAAAAUCAUGUAAGCAGGAUUUUCAGGCAAUACUUAAUAAUAUGGUUUUAUAAUAGCUACUCAUUAUGCUUGCUGCAGAGCGAUGAGGAAUAAAUAUAAAGCAUUGUGUUUUCUUCCUUCCUUCCUUUCUUUUCUUUUUUUUUUUGUCCUGGGGAUUGAACCCAGGGCCUUGUACAUGCUAGGCAGGUGUUCUACCUCGGAGCUGUCCUAAAGUGUCGAUUUUUCUCAUGUAUUUAAAAGUUAAGUUGUCAGUAGUAACUAUAUUUAUUUUAAUUAGAUAAAGGAAAUUCCAGAAUAGUUGUAUCAUUUGUUCCUAUCUUAAAAGUGAAAUUUUAUGGAAAUCCAAUGUAUUACCCAAUUUUUAAGUCUAAAGAUGAAUACCAAGAAAGAUAUGGAUGCUUUCUGAUUUUGCUGUUUGUUUAAAGUGAUGUCAUUUAGAAGCUGAGACUAUUUACAGGUUAAAUCUGCCUUAAGUGUGUUGUGAGUUUACUUAAAGACAAAUUUGUGAUAUAUUGAGAGUUAUUACUAUGCCAGGUUUAUAAAACAAAUACUUUAAUAAAAAUGUGAGAACAUAAAAUACUUUUGUUUUGGUUUUAAUGUUUGGAUUAUUUUAAUUCUCCUAUUGAAAAAAUCCAUUAUCUCAAAUGAAUUCUAUUUGUUUCUGAUGAAUGGAAGUAAUGCCUGAAGCAGAGGAUUAACUCUUUUACAAAACUUCUGUGUUCCAGGGUAGAAUGUGACUUACAAAGAUGUCAAAGUUUGUAUCAUGUAGUCAUUGUCCUCCUGUGUCAGAGAAUCCCUUUGUUUACAGUUGCAUGUGAAGCCAAAACAGAGGGCAUGAGAUAGCUUCAGUAAGCCUGAAGAGUAAAAACAGGUUUGACAUUUCCCAUUGAGGAUGGUUUAUUGAAUUGAAGCAGUCUAAAAUCUAAAUUUUCCCUUUGCCCUAGAUAAAUCUGGACAAAUUAAGUUCAAUACUAAUUUUCCUAGAAUGUCAAGGCAGUAUAAGAAUGAAAAGCCAAGAAUAUGCCAGAUUUUAUGUGCUGCAUUCCUCUCAUCUCAGAUACUGCAGGAUUGGACAGUAGACACAUCUCCUGCGAGCAUUUACAUCGUUACGUGGAUCAGCACUGAUUGCUCGCAGCUGUGAAGAUCAUCUUUACAGCAGCCACUCCCAAGGGAAGAACUCCAGCUUGGAUGCACCCCAGCACCAUCGGCUAGCUGCAGGAGCUCCCCAGUUGCUCAUCACAUAGCAUCUGGAACUCAAGAACAGUGAAGACUUCUGAGAUGGCCUUCUGAGCUGAGAGUAGAUGAGGCACGUUGAUGAUGUGCUCUGCUGCAACUGCUGACGUGGCCCCACAAUCCAUUGCCCUUCGGCCUCUGCCAUUGCUGCGAGUGUCCUUCUGGGACUGUCGGGCUGACUUGGGUAGAGUUUAGUUUACAGGUAGAAGAAAAGGUCUUGGUUCUCUUCCUCAGUGUUUAAACAGAACAAAACAAAACUGCAGUAUCAGUAGAACAAGCUGCUGGGGACCAGUGGGCACCUUUGGCAGGAAUGCUCCAGGAACACCUUCGCCUCGUACUGCCGGCUGCUGAUUUCAGCACUGCUGCAUGGCCCAGAGUUUUCAGUGAGGCCUGGGGCUCUGCCAGUGGAGAAGCUUUUCAUCUGAUGGUGCUUCCUUCUGACCUUGGUGCUCCUGCUUACAGCUCCAGGAGGUGGUGGGGUGAUGGAGUCAAGACAAGGGUGGAAGGCCAGGGAGAGAUCAGCUAUGCACAGACAGUUACAAUGGGCUCAAAACCCCAGAACAUUUACCUUUUCCGACUGAAUGGCUCUAUAAAAUGGACACCUGCCAUGUUCCUAGCAUGAAUCACUGUACUUAGAGGCACACACAAGUGCCGCGCAGUCACGCCUAGUUGCUCACUGAUGUAUCAGAUCCAACGCUCAGGGUUCAGUGCCUGAGCCAAAUGUUAAAGUUAUUUGUUCUUGUCAAUAAACUAAACUUUACGGUGA